UCCUCAUCCAGCAGUGCUGGACAGCCUGAGCAGAGGAGAGGACGGAUCCACGGACACGCGUCUCACCGCAGAGCGCACGUGAGCCUGUACGUGGAUUGUUGUGGUUUCCCCAGCAUAUGAAGGCUUUGCGAUUUCUGGGGACAUGAACGCGCUUCUCGGCCACUUUCACAACUUCUUCUUGCCGCUGUUGCGAGGGCACGAGCAUGUCUGCCAGUGCGUCUGCGGGAGCAACAAAGCCUAUCAUGUUGUUCCAUAUCAUGGAGCCAUGUCCACAGUGGACAUCAGAGACCACUACUGUGGGAGCUACAUCGUGACCCAGCAGGAGAUGGAUCUGACAGCUGGGAUACUGCUGGGCCUCUGCAUCGGCUGGUUGUUGAUGUGGCUGGAUCGUGUGUGGCACAGGGCGCUUCCAUUCUGGACGCCAAACCAACUCAGCAGUGUUCAUUUCUGGUCAUUGAUGCCAAAAUUCAGAAACAUAAGGAACUUGUUUAGCCAUUCACAUCCCGAACACUCAGAGGAAUCGAGCGGGAACGUGGUGCAUGUAGAGCCGCAGGUUAAUGGAAACAUUUGA